CGGAUCCACAGUGUGAACGACGCCUUUAGAAGCGUGUUGCUGUUUUGUACGUACGACAACAGUUUUUCCAACGAAUUCCACGAGACUGGUCGCAUCCAUCGAGGUAAAUGUGCAUGAAUCAUUCAUUUCACGAAAAUGACCGAAAGUAUUAAUCAAACCGUAAAAUGGAAUAAGCACAAGAUUGAAGAAAACAUUGGAAAUGAUCAAUUUAAAAACAAUCAAUUAUGGACUGAAAAUUUUUACUUUGUGGUUGCGGCUGACCCUCAAUUUGGAUACAUUAGGCCACCUGUAGAACGAGAUUCUAGAGACUGGAAAAUAGAAAUGGAUAAAGCUAUUUUUGCAAUAGAUAAAAUUAAUAAUUUGUCUCCAAGACCACAAUUUCUAGUUAUCUGUGGCGAUUUAGUAAAUGAAAUGCCUUAUAAUGAAACUGUGCUAAAUGAAUUACAAGUAAAUGAUUUUAAGAAGGUUUUCUCAAAAUUACACCCCUCUAUACCUCUGGUUUGUGUGUGUGGAAAUCAUGAUAUUGGUAAUACCCCAGAUGAAAAUUCAGUCAAAAAAUACCGUGAUAAUUUUGGCCAAGAUUAUUUUUCAUUUUGGUGUGGUGGAGUACUGUUUUUAGUGUUAAACUCCCAAUAUUAUAAAAACGGAUGUGAUGUUGAUAAAUUUGCUGCGAAACAAGAUCAAUGGUUAACUGAAAUAUUGAGUAAAUACAAGGGUCAAAGAAUAAUUGUAUUUCAACACAUACCGUGGUUUUUAAGUAAGCCGGAUGAGGAAAUUUCCUAUUUCAAUAUGGAAAAAAACAUCAGACAUGAAAUGCUUGAAAAACUGUGUGCAGCUGGUGUGUCUCAUGUUUUUUCUGGCCAUUACCACAGAAACUCAACUGGAUUCUAUAAAAACCUUGAAAUAGUUACUACUUGUGCACUUGGAGCUCCAUUGGGAGAAGAUCCUUCUGGACUAAGAGUAGUGAAAAUGUAUGAAAACAAUGUUAUACAUACAUAUUAUCCUCUAGAACAAUUGCCAAGCUCUAUUCAAAAUUAAAAUAUUUAGUAUAAUUUGAAAUGUUUACAAUAUGUAAAUCCAUACGAUUUUAAUAAAGAGGCCAUAUUAAUUAUAAUAUUUUAUAUUAGUGAUCAAUGAUAAUGAUAAUGCAUGUCAAUUAAAUACCAAAAAAUUUAUUUAAAUAAUAUUAAUUUAUUGUUAAAUACAAAUUUAAAUAAUAUUUUA